AGGCGGGAGCCGGGGGAGGAUUUCAGUCGCCUCGAUCUGUCCCUGAUUUUCGACUCAUCGACAUACAAGCGGAACUUUUUCACACCUACUGGCUACAUUUUUUGUUGUCCGGACUCCGAGUCGGUAUUAGCAAACACCGCUAAUUGAUAAUUGCAUUUGGACCAGCUGUGUUUUUCACUGCGUGACUCCGACCACGACUCAGUUCGACUCUUCCAAGUACCGCCAACAGUUCCCGCACCAAAAAUCGGGUUCGGUCUCCGUACGGCAAGACGGUCAUCCUUCGAAGCCUAGUUACUCCUUUACCACGGAAAAACGGCGUUAAGGCUUGUGUUUCCAUCUUUCUUUUCUUCCAUAUAGACUACUUGGAUGGCUGAAGAGGUCGACUAUGAGGCACUCCCAUCCAACACAAGCCUUGGGGUCAACAUGCUCGCCGGAGCUCUGGCUGGCAUCACAGAGCACGCAGUCAUGUUCCCAGUAGACAGUAUAAAAACACGAAUGCAAGUUUUCGCUACGUCACCUGCCGCUGUUUACACAGGGAUCGGAAAUGCAUUCACUCGCAUAUCAUCUACGGAGGGGAUGCGAGCUUUGUGGCGAGGGGUCUCCUCAGUAAUAUUGGGUGCGGGACCAGCACAUGCGGUUCACUUUGGAACGUAUGAGGCCAUGAAGGAGUUGGGGGGUGGAAACUGCUGCUGGAAAUCAAUGGCUUGCAACCUGUAUGGCGCAUCCGCUACCAUUGCCAGCGAUGCCUUGAUGAAUCCAUUUGACGUCAUCAAGCAACGCAUGCAGGUGCACCAAUCGGAGUUCCGCUCCGUGUUUACCGCCAUGCGUGUCGUGUACCGGACGGAGGGUCUCUCCGCGUUUUAUGUCUCAUAUCCCACUACUCUGACGAUGUCGGUCCCCUUCACGGCCGUCCAAUUCACGGUCUACGAACAUAUGAAAAAGUUACUAAAUCCUUCGGGCGACUACUCACCCGUCACGCAUAUGAUCGCAGGUGGUAUGGCGGGCGGUGUGGCCGCAGGUGUCACUACUCCUCUGGAUGUCGCGAAAACCCUCUUGCAAACUAGAGGAACAUCACAUGAUGCCGAGAUACGAAGAGUAGGUGGAAUGCUGGAUGCGCUUCGUAUAAUAUGGAAGAGAGAUGGAAUAAAAGGUUUUGGACGUGGAAUGUCGCCACGGGUUUUGACGCACAUGCCUAGUAACGCGCUUUGUUGGCUAUCUUAUGAGUUUUUCAGUGAGUCCAUCCUCUCGUGAUUUGGUUCAACGUCCACUCAUAUUGCAAUUAUUUACAGAGGUUGCUAUUCGCGAGCAAUGACAGAUCGCGUCCUCCAUAGACAGUAAGGCACGAACCGUGCUUGCAUGAUCCACUUUAGUGCCGGUUCAUCACUAUCGCACCUAUCUCCGCUACAUUACUAUCAGGUUAUUCCAGUCAGCUGCCACAUAAUACUGACAGCCUUUGAGAUUCGCAUACUCUCGCAUUGACCUGUCAGGAAGCCUGCUAUUUCCGGAAGCUCAGCACAAGGCCAAUGAGAUUACUAUAGAUUGAUCGGCGAAUGUUACGUCCGUGUGCAAGCAAAAGAAUAGGUGUGGAUAACAAGCCAUGAUAAUCACCGACUGCGAUGUCAA